CGCGCCGAGGCGGGCGCAGAGCGGCGGCGGCGGUACCUCCGGCUCGCGCCGUCCCUCCGGCAGCCCCGCGCGCCCGGGAACGUCCAUGGGGCCGAGCGGCGCCCGCUGAGGGAGGAGGGGACGGGGUGCAGCGGGAGUCGGUGCCGGCCGCAGCCAUGCAGCAGGUCUUAGACAACCUUACUGAUCUGCCGACAUCGACAGGCGCUGAAGAAAUAGACCUGAUUUUUCUUAAAGGAAUUAUGGAAAACCCUAUCGUAAGAUCGCUUGCUAAGGCUCACGAACGACUGGAAGAUUCUAAACUUGAGGCUGUCAGUGACAACAACCUGGAGCUGGUGAAUGAAAUUCUUGAAGACAUCAGUCCCUUAGUAAAUAAGGAUGAAAAUGUUGCAGAAUUGGUUGGAAUACUAAAGGAGCCUCAUUUUCAGUCACUCUUGGAAGCACAUGAUAUUGUAGCUUCAAAAUGUUAUGAUUCCCCUCCUUCUAGCCCAGAAGUCAAUAAUUCUUCAGUGAACAACCAGGUUGUUCCAGUAGAUGCUAUUCGUAUCCUUGGAAUUCACAAAAGAGCAGGAGAGCCACUGGGAGUCACGUUCAGAGUGGAGAACAAUGAUCUGGUAAUAGCCCGAAUUCUUCAUGGAGGAAUGAUAGAUCGGCAAGGUCUUCUGCAUGUAGGGGACAUUAUUAAAGAGGUGAAUGGCCACGAAGUUGGGAACAACCCAAAAGAAUUGCAAGAACUGCUGAAAAAUAUCAGUGGGAGUGUCACUUUGAAAAUUCUUCCCAGCUACAGAGACACUGUCAUUCCUCAACAGGUUUUUGUGAAGUGUCAUUUUGAUUAUAAUCCAUAUAAUGACAACCUCAUCCCAUGCAAAGAAGCAGGUUUGAAAUUUUCUAAAGGAGAAAUUCUUCAGAUUGUAAAUCGGGAAGAUCCGAAUUGGUGGCAGGCUAGUCAUGUCAAAGAAGGUGGAAGUGCAGGUCUAAUUCCUAGCCAGUUUCUGGAAGAGAAGAGAAAGGCUUUUGUUAGGAGGGACUGGGACAACUCAGGGCCUUUCUGUGGAACAAUAAGCAGCAAAAAAAAGAAGAAGAUGAUGUAUCUCACUACAAGAAAUGCAGAAUUUGAUCGCCAUGAAAUCCAGAUAUAUGAGGAAGUAGCCAAAAUGCCUCCUUUUCAGAGGAAAACCCUGGUCUUGAUUGGAGCCCAAGGAGUGGGGCGAAGGAGUUUGAAGAACAGGUUUAUUGUGCUGAAUCCUACUAGAUUUGGAACUACAGUGCCAUUUACUUCACGGAAGCCAAGGGAUGAUGAAAAAGAUGGGCAAGCAUACAGAUUUGUAACACGAGCUGAAAUGGAGACGGAUAUUAAAGCUGGUAGAUACUUAGAGCAUGGAGAAUAUGAAGGAAAUCUUUAUGGCACCAAAAUUGAUUCCAUCCUUGAAGUUGUUCAGACAGGAAGGACCUGCAUCUUGGAUGUAAAUCCACAGGCUCUAAAAAUACUGAGGACUUCGGAAUUCAUGCCCUAUGUGGUGUUUAUUGCUGCUCCAGAGUUGGAGACUUUGCGAGCUAUGCACAAGGCUGUGGUAGAUGCUGGAAUUACAACCAAACUUCUCACUGACACUGAUCUGAAAAAAACAGUGGAUGAGAGCGCCCGGAUCCAGCGAGCCUACAACCACUACUUUGACCUGACCAUUGUAAAUGACAACCUGGACAAAGCCUUCGAGAAGCUGCAGACGGCCAUCGAGAGACUGAGGCUGGAGCCUCAGUGGGUGCCCAUCAGCUGGGUCUAUUGAGUGUUCCAGAGGGAGCUUCAGUAACAAAUAAAGUCAGCAGCAGCAAAUGUGACGUGUAGAUACUGAUGAUAACCUGCAGCACCUGUGCAUUUUUACUCUGUGUAUAUUCAAAAGUACACUGUUCUGAAUUUUUAUAAAAAUGUUGAAGAGAAAGUGUACUUAAAUAUGUAAUUUAUUUUAAUUUUUCUAACUUUUUACAGAUAACCUUUCUAUUCAUAUCACAUGAAGGAAAUGCGUUUAAGCAUUUUUCUAUGUUUUGAUUUAGUAUCUUUGCCUUUUUCAUCUAAGAAACUUUCAUUCACUUCAACAUUUACAUCUUGGUCUUACAUUUUCACUGUGAUUAAAAAAAGGAUACUUGAAACAAUUUUUGUAAAAUUUGUUAAUGUCAGUGUUUAACUGAUCAAAAGUCUAUAGCUCUUAUUAGGAAAGAACGCUAAUUUCUUUGAGGUUUUUUUUCUUCUUCAAAAAAUAAUAAUUUCAUGGGAGCAGAAUUUUAAAUAUUAAAAGUAGUAACAAAAACACAGGUCCAUUGCUCCAGCUGCUUUCAGCUUAAUGUUGGUGCAUUCCUGAUGUUUCAAAAGUUCUUGAUAUCUCUUGAUUUAGAUAACUUUUGUGUAGAUUCCCUUAUAUCUGUCUCCUAAAAUAACAUAGAGCAAUACCUUGCAAGCUGCUUAUUAUGCUUUCUUGGGAGCCAACCUGUUAGCCCAUUACAGUUGAAGAACUGGCAUUAGAAAGUCAUACGCAAGGUAAUUCAGUGCAAUUUGAAUAAUGGUGAAGUAGCUUGAGAGAGAACCUGAUAAUGUGGAGCCUUGUAGGUGACACUUAAUGUUUAGGACUAUUUAUUCACCCUUGUGAAAACACAUUGCUUAAAAAAAAAAAAAAAAAGUAAUUUUCUUUUCUUAGGACAUUUUUCUGUAUUUGUGUAGUGAUCUGUGGCUUCAUUUCCUGUGAUGUCUAGAUGGGUUCUAAAUUAUCUUUUAAAUAUUUGUGUGUGAUCAACUGCUGUAUUUUGAGUGUUGUGUAAUGGCAUUUCUGUGCUUUUUCUUACAUUGUUUUUAAUUGCAUUUUUUCAUUAGAUAGCUUGUGAAUUGGAAGCUUACUGCUAAAAAGCAAUGUUGUUUAUAGGUUUUUUCAUUUACAGUGUAUUUCCUUUUUAGUGACAAUUCUCCCCUCAGUAUGCUCAUUGAUAUAAUUCAUAUUAGGUUAGGUUCAGGUUCACUGAUCAAAACUUAAGCUGGUGUAAAUUAAUGGGAACAGAAGGAAAAUACAGCUUGUUGCUCAGAUGA